AUGAACGACAUCAAGCUGGCCCUGCUGGGGAGCCAGGGGGCUGGGAAGUCAGCUGUCCUUGUGCGGUUCCUGACCAGGCGCUUCAUCGGUGAAUACGCCUCUAACGCCAAUUCCCUGUACCACAAAAGGCUUUCAAUCGAUGGCAGGCAGCUAAAUCUAGAAGUUUUUGACCCCUGCUCUCAGAGCUCAGAGGCCAGGUGUAUCCUGGAGGAGCCGGUGGAUUGGGCGGAUGGCUUUGUGGUCGUUUACAACAUCAGCGACCGAACUUCCUUCAUCAACGCCAAGAACAUCCUGCGGCAGAUUCGGGAGGCACGCGUGGAGAACAGCAAAGGGGAGGUGGAGGUUCCUGUGUGUCUGCUGGGAAACAAGCAGGACCUGUGUCACGUCCGGCAGGUGCGUGAGGAAGAGGGCCGCUGCCUUGCUCAGGAGAACCGCUGCCACUUCCGGGAGGUCUCGGCCGCAGAGAGCUACCAGGACAUCGCCAGCCUCUUCACCCAACUCAUCCGUCAGGUGAUGGAGCACCUCAAGUACAGGGCCGACCGGAGGCGCUACAGCGGCUCCAAGUCGAUGGCCAAGCUCAUCAACAACGUGUUUGGCAAGAGGAGGAAGUCAGUGUGAGGACGUUUAAGAGAACUGGACAUUCUGGAAACUGUUUGAGUACCAAAACAUAAACCUCAUGCUGAAAGGCUUUGGAUGGAGUCCAAACAUAUCAGUACUAAUGAUACCCAGCUUUGUUUU